GUCAAAAUCAUAUGUUUGUUGUUUUGUUGUCCUGCUAGCGUGCCGUUUCUGCCGGUUUUUGGUGUGUCUUCUGGUGCGGAUCUGGAAUCGAUUUGGGCCUAAUACUGGUUCUAGGAUAGAUGGAAACCAGUGCUGUGAAAUCGCCGGUCUCAGCUGCGGAAGAAGACGCUCCUGCAAACGGGAAACGACCACAAUUUGGCAAUCGCUUCCUGUCGGAAGAGGACGAUGUUUUCCAGCACAAUGCUUGGUAGGGUUCUGUUUCAUUUUCGCUCUCUCAAUAAUUACAAGCACCCUUGUUGGGCGUUGCGAUUUUAUACCGAUUAUGAGUUCACUCGCUACCGGAAGAAGCCUCGCAUUGGCGAGAGAUUUCUGAAAGAUCCGGCAAGGGUAUUCGAUUUCAAUACAUGGGACAACGUCGAAUGGGAUGAAGAGCAGGAACAGGCAGCUCUCGAAGGCGUCCGGAAAAACUCCACGGUGAAAAUGGGCGUCCAAGACGCGGAGAAACUCGAGAUGGAAGCGGACGCAAAUUGGGACAAGUUCUACGGAAUCCACCAGAAUCGGUUCUUCAAGGACCGACAUUGGUUGUUCACGGAGUUUCCGGAACUGGCCCCUCGGAAUACCAAGGACGCACCGGAGCGAGUUUUCCCGGAGGGAGUCGAGAGUACUGGAAGCAAUCCUGAGACAGCCCUGGCGGUGGAUCCGGAUGCGCAGCGAACCAUCUUCGAAGUUGGCUGUGGAGUAGGAAAUACGGUGUUCCCGAUUCUGAAGUACAGCGUUGAGGAAAACUUGAAAAUUUACGCCAGCGAUUUCUCGAAGCAAGCAAUUCAGAUCCUGAAGGAAAGCAAAGAGUUCGACGAAAAACGCUGCGAGGCUUUUGUCCUCGAUGCCACGGCAGAAACGUGGGACGUCCCAUUUGAGGAGAACAGUAUCGAUAUUAUAGUGCUGAUAUUUGUCCUGUCGGCAAUAGACCCUGAGCGCAUGCAGCAUGUCGCCAACCAAAUUGGUCGCUAUCUGAAACCGGGAGGACUGUUGUUGCUCCGAGACUACGGCCGUUACGACUUGGCCCAGCUACGGUUUAAGCCGGGCAAAUGUUUGAAGGAGAACUUCUACGUACGUGGUGAUGGUACGCUGGUUUAUUUCUUCACUCAGGAAGAUUUGCGGACACUUUUCCAAAAUGCUGGACUCGUUGAGGAGCAGAAUAUUGUCGAUCGUAGACUGCAGGUCAAUCGGGGGAGAAUGUUGAAAAUGUAUCGCGUUUGGGUGCAGGUAAAGUUCAGGAAGCCUUUGUAAUAAAUUGGCUGAAUAUAGGAAA